GGGUACAAGGGAAGUAAAGUUAGCAUAUACUUUAUGGAUACUCUACAUGUUCGAGCUGAAGUAUAUUAUGUGCUGACCAGCCUUGUUAUCUCAGGUGAUGCAUAACAUUGCCUAAAGUAGGCUGAAUAUUAACUUGAAUCGGGUAGUACUAGUGAUGCUGUGUAGAUGUAUUCAAAACUGAGCAUCAUUAUCAGCUGUUUACCUGCACUUGCGUUACUGUUGUAUUCCAUAAAAGUGAUGAUUUCUAGGAGCAUGCACACUGCUACAGUCAUCGCAGCACUUUACUGAGGUUGCAGUUUCCAUUAAAGGCAACAGAUUAAACUGUGUAUGGAGUUUUGCCUGAAAUAUUUAAAUAUGAAGUUUGCUUCCUGGAAAAUUUGCUUUUAAAACCUGUUGUUUGCAAUGCAGAUGAACUAGUUACCAGAAUAACUAAUGCCUUGGCUGAGCUGAUUAGCAAGUCCCUUGGGUGUCAAAAGCAAUUGUAUUUUUUGUCACUUUGCAUCUUCAAAAAAAAAAAAAAAAAAAGACGUAGUAAGAGUCACAUGAGAACAGCCCUUUUCUUUCCUUUUUCUUCAUAAGUCGCCUCUGCAGUUUGGAACAACUGCAUCCCUGUCUUGUUGGUUCAUGCGAAAUAAUGCGAAAUUUCAGUAGCUGCAACAGUUUGCAAUAGUAGCCGCAAUGGUUUGUAGCUGCCAAAUAGGUGCGAAGCUAAAUUCCGCACAAAGGCAUACCUGUCUGCAUAAAAUAUCGCACUGUGUAGCUGGGAUAACUAUGACUUGGGCAUUAAUGCUGCCACAUCUAUUUUCUUGCUACUUUUAACAAAAAAUAGCAAAGAAAAAAAAGGAGACUGUAGGGGCUGGUUACUAAAAGUAUUUUAUUCAUGAGUAAAUUUACUCGCAACUUAAGAGCUUCUUGCAAGUGAUAGUAAGAUGCCACGCAGCAAGUUGUCAAGUACCAGUGCUAUAAAGUUUUGCAAAACUCUCAUGCCUUCAUCACUUGACAAACUGAUGUGUUGCAACUUACUGCCAUAAGUGAUGAACCCUUUACCUCACCUCGGAAAAUGUUUUAUGGAAGCACACCCCGGAGCUUCAAAUGUGUACUUUCCUUUUGAGUGGAGACUUAUACAGAAAAAUAUGACCAUGCAAUGAUGAUAAUGGUAAGUUCAUCUAGUGCAUGUAGUCUCCAUAAAUGUGUGAUUCGGUAAGUGUGUAUGUGGGUCUUCUGCCUAAUGCUGAGACAAGUGUGUAUGACUUAACGACUAUUCAUUUCCACGUCUAUCCUUAGGGUUGCAGGCCGCCCCUCACGAUCUGUGGAGAUAUGCACUGGAACCGAGAGGCAUGGGGCCAAAGCGCUAUCAGUGCCGAUUCUGCAGCUACAGCACCGAGUACUCGACGAACCGACUCCACCAUGAACGACGUCAUACAGGCGAUCGACCAUUUCGAUGCUCAAGGUGUUCCAAAGCCUUUAGCCGUAAAGACCAUCUGAAGCGUCACAGGCAGGGCCACUGCUUGUCCUGUCGUUGUUGUGAUAAGUAUGAUCUGUUUGUAACAAACUGCUGUAUUUUGCCUUUAUUUUUAAAAAAUAAACACACAGCACCUGUCCAGCUGCCAAAGGACCUGACCCUAAGGCAGCUACAGUCCCCUUGCGGCGGCCAUCACAGAAGUGGGGGCGGUGGAAAGCAGCGCAAGUUCCCCUGCGAUUACUGUCCAUACACAAGUGACUAUAGGGCCAAGCUGAAUCGCCACAUGCGGCUGCAUACUGGCGAGCGCCCGUACCAGUGUGAGGUGUGUGGCCGAGCAUUCACACGCAAGGACCACCUGCAGAAGCACCUGCCCACCCACGAUGGCCGCGUGCUCAAGGACAGCCUCUCAAGUGACCACCACCACCACCAUCACAACAACAAUGGCAACAGCAGCGUAGCUGCUGCCGCUAGCUUUCUGGGCAGCCUGCUCAGCGCCAGCUCCCAGCACCCAUACAGGUGCAAGCUGUGUGGCCGUGGCUUUAUUCAGAAGCACCAUUACGAGCGCCACGCAAAGACUCAUGACGAUCACUUUGUCGACUAUUAGUCUUAUCUCGCCGGCCUUUUGUUCAGUGGCAACGGCUUUGCUGGUGCUGUCUUGUCUGUGCUCAUAGCCUCCCUUGCACAAUUCUUUGCCUGCUAGGUCAUUUGAAAAACAGUGGAAAAGCACUGCUACGUGAGGCAUACACUGCCAUUGUUGAGCAUGAUAGUUGUUGCAGAUUUUAGGUUAAUAUGACUCUUGGUGUUGAAAAAUAGCAGCAACAACGAAUACAAUAGCAGGCAGCAUUUGAAAUGUGACUUGCCACACCACUUUAUGAAAAUAUUUACAAGGAGCUCAUGUAACAGCUGUUAAAGGGGAUGUUGGCUUUCCUUUUCUGCCAUCAUCAUUGCUCUCUGACAGUUAUGUCAACCUUUUUAGUUGCUGUAGAUCCAGAUAGUCUACAUCUGUGGAAGGCAGCCUCUUAGACAAGGGCAUGUCUGGUCUAAUCUAGCAGGCAUCGAGUGUACAAAAGAGGCUACAAUUAGGCUGCAGCCUACACAGCUGGUGUGGGAAUGUCCAUUGCUUGCCUAACAAGAGGUUCCAAUUCAUACACUGAUUUGACCAUAUACUAAGUGAGCUUAUGUAAACUUGAAACUGGCACCUCUAGAUUUCAGCAUUUUGUUUUUGUUGCUUUGUUAUGUAACAAGCUUGUCUCGACCAAGUGCUUGCUCUUCAGCGCUUUGCUGUGUUGGAAUCGGUUAGAGUGGCGUCACUUCAGUGCGUUGCUGGGCAUAUUGGGACAUCACUCUAUGAAGUAUAUAUAAAACCAGUGCCACGAGAUUAGCACAGAGACGAAGGAAGCAGUCAGUCAAACACUGGGGGUUAGGAUGUCCAGCGUUUCUCCUGUCAUCUUGCAAGUCUUUGUUAUCAUCCCUUUUGUGCUGGUUUUGUAUAUCCCGUAGAAAUGCAUCAGCUGCAUUUGUGGCAGCACAGACAGGCAGUCACUUUGUAACAACUGGUGCUGUGACACAGACAGACAUCAUCGGCUUUUGGUUCUGCAGCAAAGCUGAUGACUUCAAGCGGAGUUAGGCCGAGUUGAUCACAAAGCAGGUUUUGUGUCUUUGCAAAAUACAGAUGAUGUGAAAUGUAGUGCGAAAGGCAGUUUUCAUGAAAUCGCCGCAAGAAUCCACAUCGUUAAAGACGGGAUGUCCUUGACUACCUGAACUUGACUGUGGAUUAGUGUAAACCUUUAGUUUGCACCAAAACUGCCUAUUUUGCGCAACAUAGCCAGUGCAAUCAUUCACAGACAUUCAUAUGCUGGGUUGUAUAUGGACGGUAGUUCAAGUCUUGUAGGCUUUGAUUAUGGAGAGGCCAAGGCUGUCAAGGGAAGUUAUUGUGUCCCAGAACUACCUCCAUAAGUUUUUUGAUGCUGGCUUCAAAGUGAGCCACAAUCAGAUUGUCUUGAAGGGGCUGCUAGCUUCGUGGCGAGUCUGAGCUGCUCUCCUUGCCUCUGUGAAAGAGCCAGGAUGAAGUGCAAUGUUGUGAAUACUGCUGCCAUCAAUCCAGCUUUGUACAGUGAGCAGGGAUCUUGCUAGCAAACUGGUGCUGUUCUUAAUGUUUGCGUACCCAGCAUUUGCGUGAUGAGCUUGUCAGGCCCAGUUUAUUUGUGUGUGACUUAAUGUGAUGUUGUAUGUGUGACUUAAAUAAUGGCCCACCGCUAGAUUUUUAUGCAGUUCUCCGAAGCUUUGCUUUUUUCAGUACAAAGAGACACAGACAUCACAUUGAUUAAUUAUGGUUCACGACGCAACCAACGCUCUUUCAUAGCACUUGAUCUUUGCAGUGCACUAGUCAAACACAUAAAAGCUCUUUUCAAAUUGCAGUGCAAUAUUAUCUAAUUUAGUGCCAUGUGCUUACACCUUCACCAGCUCCCAAUGUGCUUUAAAUAUGUUAUAUGAGCACAUUGCUUCAGCACUUCCGAAAUGAUAGUUGAAUGCUGUUGUGCGCCAGUCGGGUUUGUAAGCAGCUUGCUGCAAAAGAACUAGAAGGACUUCUCUCUACUUAGUGCUAGAGAUAUUUUUGCUGCAAAAUUCUUGACUGACGGCCUUCCUUGUUUCCUCUAUAUCACCUUCCUUUCUUUCACAAGCUGUCUGUCUUGAAGUAAGAGAGGAAGCAUCUGUCAAAAGAGUUUGUUGAUGUUGCGGUCUUUUAAAUAGGUUUGGAUAAUGGAUGCUUGGAUUGCUUUAAACACCACAAAAAAGUAUUCCACAUAAUUCAUUCAACGCCAAAACAAGUAACUUUGGUUCAAAAGACUUUAAUGUGUGUUUUGAAGACAUAUUGGAAUCCAGUUGCAAUUUUCGCAGUUAUGGACCUGAGGCUAAAUUCAGUAGGAGCUACAAAUCAGCUUUCUUCUGUUGCAAGCCAACCUGAUGUCCUGCCCAGUGCAAUGUUGAGAAGCUGCAUCUGUAUGUGUUGUUGGUUCACAGCAUGAUUUUUGCAGUUGUACUUGUUUAUCCUUGUCUCACAGUCUGAUGCCUGCAAAUCGCAUUGCACAAGUGGAAAAAUGAAACCUGUUAUGCUUACCCAAAUGAUCAAGGGUUCUACAUCCGGCAUAUACACAAUCUGUGCUUUAAUGGCAAUCUCAGUACUAUCUCAGUACUGGCAAUCUGUUCAUAGGAGUAAAACAUUUUAUGACAAUCUGAUUAUAUACUGAUAGAGCACUCAUACUUUAUAGCACAAAAAUCUUAUUGGCACAAAUAAGUCAACACAUCCAAACGGUUUACUCCAUUUUAUGUCAGCUUAAUGUAAAGACAGUGAACCAGCAUUAAACAUCAAGUGCUGAAGAAUGUUGCAUAAGAAGCUUUCACUAUGCAUCUAAAGCAUUCAUAAGCCAGUUGGGAUGUUCAGUGCCACAUCAUUUGCGACUGACUCCACAGGCAACCCUUAGGCAGUACUGACCUCGGUUCGAGAAGUGCAAUACUUUGCUCGUGUGACAAUCUCGUUUCAGUACGAGCCAUGGUCAUCUGACCACCAAUGUGUUUAUGAUGAGGCGUUAAGGCAAUCCGUCUUUCAAACUGCUAUCUGACAAUGCUAUGGAGUAACUUGCUAGCAAAAAUACUUAGUCUCGGAGAACUUGCUUGCGAAUAAUUACAUGCUACUUUGUCACUUCAGCGCACAUUGACGCAAACAUGGCGUCACUUUUCUUUUUGUUUGUUUUGCCUUCGUAGAAUAUAAUUCUAAGUUUCUGUAUUGA